AUGGCAACAUCCCAUCCUUCUCGAAACCAAUCUCCGGCGACGGUUCCCAUCGCCCCAUUGUCCUUCACGACGCCUACGACAGCGAAGCAAGUCCAAUCGACGCAGCAGUUUCUUUCCACCCCGACUGUAUCUUCUGACCAUGACAACGACAAUGCUCCCGCUGCAUUUGGCUUUCCAUCGACGCCAGUGAAUAUGAUAAUGACACCCAGCAUCGUCAAUACACCAUGCAUCACACCAAUUCCCGACCCUUGCAAUUCCAACGACUCCAGCAGCCUCGAUGAGUUCGACGUUAUGCUCAGCCACGAAGACUUCCCCAAGCUUCUCAACAUUGCAGCCCAAGUCAAAGGUCUUCAGGUCAACGGCAAUAUGGCCGCUCAGCAGCAAUCAAAUGGCAGGGAUGGACCACUCGAAGCGACGGAAGUACUUUUGGCUGUCGCGAAACUGCAAGAGCGUCUUCUCAGUCCGACCGCUGCAAGAUCCCAAGAACUCUCCGUCGAACCUCGCAAGAUUCUUCGCGGUAGUUACCCCAUGACAGAUUUACUAUUUGACGAUUCCUUAGCCAUUCUACAGCACGAGCUCGAUCGGUGCCAACAACAGAUUGCCUUGCAGUCCAACGAAGCAGCGCCUCCACCCAAAAAGAAAAAGAAGACCACCAUCAAGUCCAACAAAGAAGCCAUUGCUAUCAAGUACUCCAAGUGGCAGACUGACAUUCUCAUGCAAUGGAUGAUUGAGCACAUUGAUAAUCCGUUCCCCGACCAAGAUGAAGUCCAUGAACUCAUGCACCAAACCAACUUGACCUACUCCCAAGUCAUCAACUGGACGACCAAUGUUCGUAAGCGCAACCGCAAGGCCACAUGCGAAGAGAAGAAGAAGCCGCAUCACUUCAUUGACUUUCUUUUUCUGGCCCAGAAGCGAGAUUCUGUACAGGAGGAAAGAUCCAUUACUCCUGAGCCAGCUAGCCGCAAGAUCUUCGAUACACCCACAACCAACGCCGAAAACUCGACCCCCGGAACGGCGUCUCGGAAGAACAAGCGUCGAGCUGAUUCAUCGCUUCCACCUUUGUUAUCCCCUGCGAGUCAACUCCACACUCCGCAAGCUGUUUAUGGUCCGUCUCCAACGUUCUACCCGCAAACUCCAACCACUUACUUCAACUCGUAUCCCUCGGGCGAUAUGCUUGCCUUUCCCACGUCUCCAGCAUACUACUACCCUUCAUAUCUUGUGCAGGGCUUUCCCUACAACCACGGCGCUAUCUACGAGCAGCAGCAACAAGGGCAAGGCUACCAUCCUGCACCACCGCGACAGGUGCCACCAUUCCGUCCCUAUCAGCGCAAGCCACCGUCCCGGCCUUCCACCCCUUCUGGCAGCGAUCCGUACCUUCAGCCGAUCAAAGAGGAAGAUGAAGAACUGCAACCAAGCCCCGUCAAGGUUGAGUCCAGCACUGAACGGAAGAGCUCUGUUGCCACCACUAAAGUCAAGGAAGAGCCAGGAAACGAAGAUGUAUCUUCUGCCGUUCAGCACAAACCGGAUAGUGCCCCCAGCAACGGUGAUGUUCAAGUCAAGCAAGAACGUGUUUCGCCUGUUACUGCAACGUCUGCCCAGUUUCACUUUGAGGAUGGCACUGCCAUGGACCCCAUCGAUCUCGAUGCCCCCGUGGACAACUCGCUCUUGCACGACUUUGCCAUGUUUUGGGAGUUCAAUCUGGAAAACGACGACGAAGUGGGAAGCAAGAAUGAUACUGAAGGUCACGCUAUGUACGUCCUCCGCCCAGAGCAGACUGAAUCUUCGCAAGACGUUCCGGCUCUCAUGGAGGAGAAAUCUCGCAACGAGUCAUCGGCUGCCACGGACAUGAAAGCGGACGAUGUCCCCUCGGAUGCCAUGGUUGGAGUCUAG